CAAUUCCAUGAAACAACUUCAUAAGCAAGACAAAUUCUCUCUCAUUUACUUUGUAAUAUGCCUAAUGAUUCCAACCAAGAUGGAAAGGGUCUAGAGCAGCAGUUCGCUGGUCUAGACUUGAACUCUGCACGUAACGGCAGAGGAGGUCAUGACGCUGCACCUUUAAGUGCCAACCGCAGUUCCAGUUACAUCCCACCCCAUCUUCGGGACAAUCCUCAGUUCCAAAAUUCUGAAGAUUCACGAGGCGCAGGCAGAGAUGGAUACGUCAAGCGCGGGGGCUACGGUAACUUUGGGAACCGCGCGCCCGAGCUCAGUCCUAUGGUGUUCCUCAAUCAGUUUGGACAGCCCAUGGCCGUGAUACCACAACCAACAGGUCAACAACAGGGCAACUUCAUUCCGCCACAGCAGUUCAACAACCGUGGAGGUGGCCCGCCUGGACGUGGAGGAUACAACAACUACAACCGUGGCUCAGACCGGGGUGGUGGUGGUGGAUACAACAGAGGAGGCCGUGACUUCGGAGGUCAAGGAGAUGAUAGAAACUACAGCCGGGGUGGUGGUCGAUCUUGGGACCGUGAUCGCCAGAAUGAUGGCGGCAGCUACGGAAGGAGGGACGACGGUGGAUCCAACUGGGAUAGGAUGAAAUCCCCUGAUCAGAAUAACCGCUGGCAAGAAGACCGCGGCAACGAUCGUCGUGGCGGCUGGAACAACCGUGAUGAUAAUCGCGGCCGUGACGGUGGAUGGAGUGCUGGCCGUUCCAAUGAUGGUGGAUGGCGAGACAACAAAAGUGCCGGCAAUGAUCGUUGGGGUGGCGACAAUCGUGAUGGGGGCAGCCGUGGUGGUGGUAGCAACUGGGGCGACAGUGGCCGCGGAGGAUCGUGGAAUAGCAACCAGAAUGUUGGAAACGACCGCUGGCAGUAUGAUGGCAGGGCCCCACAAGGUGGUGGAUGGCGUGGAAACGGUCGUGACGCUCCUGCUACUAGGGGUCGUGAUAUUGGCUGGAACAAGGGUGGCUUUGACAAGCCCGAAAUGACUGGCAACGACCGCUGGAAACCGGAGGAGACCAAUGAUGACGGUGAUUGGUCAAAGCUGGGUCCCAAGAAUGAAAGACUUGAAGGUGAGCUGUUCAGCAAAGGCCACACCGGAAUUGACUUCAGCAGGUAUGACGACAUCCCUGUCGAGGCGACUGGUGAGGAAUGCCCUGGUAAAAUUGACAAUUUCACUGAGUGUAAUCUGACAGAGAUCCUCAAGAACAACCUGGAGUUGAUCCACUAUGACAGACCAACGCCCGUACAGAAGUACGCCCUGCCAAUCAUCCUGAAGAAGAAGGAUCUAAUGGCCUGUGCACAAACAGGCUCUGGCAAAACUGCGGCAUUCCUGGUUCCCAUUCUGAACCAGAUCUACGCAUGUGGCCCGGAAGGACAGAAUAUUCAGUAUGAUCCUAACCGAGCCAGUGUGCAGGUAAAGGGCAAACAGUACAACAACCGUCGCAAGGUAUUCCCGCAUGCCUUGGUCCUCGCUCCAACCAGAGAGUUGGCGUUGCAGAUCUAUGAGGAGGCCAGAAAGUUUGCCUACCGUUCUCGUCUGCGCCCGUGUGUCGUCUAUGGUGGUGCCGACACCAACUCACAGAUGCGCGACCUUGAUAAGGGAUGUCACAUGCUCGUGGCAACUCCUGGACGUCUUGUCGACAUGUUGGACAGAGGCAAAAUUGGCGUCGAUCAUAUCAAGUACCUUGUGCUUGAUGAGGCUGAUCGUAUGUUGGACAUGGGUUUCGAGCCCCAGAUUAGACGUAUCGUUGACAGUGACGAGAUGCCCAAGACUGGUGAUAGACAGACCCUCAUGUUCAGUGCAACUUUCCCCAAGGAAAUUCAGAUGUUGGCGCGUGACUUCUUGUCCAAUUAUAUCUUCUUGGCCGUGGGACGUGUGGGCAGUACUAACGAGUGCAUCACACAAAAGGUGGUCUGGGUGGAGCAGUGUGAUAAGCGCUCCUUCUUGUUGGACCUGCUUAAUGCAGCAGGUAAGGUGGAAGGCCCUGAAUCAUUGACCCUUGUCUUUGUCGAAACCAAGAAAGGUGCCGACGCUUUAGAGGAAUACCUGUACAAGGCCAGCUACCCAUCGACCAGCAUUCAUGGCGAUCGUUCACAGAGAGAGCGCGAGGAGGCCUUGUUGAGCUUCCGUACUGGAAAGACACCUAUUCUGGUUGCAACUGCUGUUGCAGCUCGUGGUUUGGAUAUCCCCAACGUGAAGCAUGUCAUCAACUUCGACUUGCCCUCUGAUAUUGAGGAAUACGUUCACAGGAUUGGUCGUACCGGACGUGUUGGAAACCAGGGUCUGGCCACGUCCUUCUUCAACGAGAACAACAGGAACCUCGUCCGUGACAUGGUGGAUUUGUUGGUCGAGGCUCAUCAGGAGGUGCCCAACUGGAUGGAAUCCAUGUCCUAUGAACAGAGGAACCAUUCAGGAAGCUCACGCAGAGCUGGCAAAAGAUUUGGGCCAGGCUUUGGCUCCCGCGAUUAUCGUCAGAAUCACAACAAGCGUCCCCAGCACCAAGGUGGAGGAUUCCAGGGACAGAUGGGAGGCUUUGGAGGUGGAUUCCAAGCCCAGUUUGGUGGCGCCCCUGCUGGAGCCGGUGGAAGUUACGGUGGAUCGUACGGUGGCGCCCAGACGUACACCCAGGCACCAGCUACCGACUGGUGGCAUCCGUCUACCUAAGUAGGAGGAUGAAAUCAACCACUGGCAUCCGGUCUGGACUGGUUCGUGACGCGUUGGCAAAUAUGGGCACCCCACUAACAUGUGUAGGCUGCGGCCCACGGAUCCCUGAUGGCUAAACUGGUCAUCUUCGACGACCCGACCCCACUAAGAAGUCAAGUCUAAGGCGAACUUGACAUUUAGGUGCAUCCAUCUCAUUGGGCAUUUCAGUAUUUGAGAGAGGAAUAUGUCUUAAUCUUUCACCCCUAUUAACUGGAUGGAUUCAUCCCAACCAGUACAUUUGAGUUGAUCCAUUUAGUUUAAGGGGGGUGCGAGGUGAAUUUUCUUUGUUCACAUAAAAAAAAUGAAGUUUCGAAAUAGAAUUUUUAAGGUUUAUACUUUUACACUUGAAAUUGCGAUGAAUCGUAAUGGUAAUCACAAAUUCUAAAGUAGUUCAAUUAUGAUUGCCUUAUUCAAGUAGAAAUGAAACUUUGAGGACAUUUAUAAUAUUUGUAUACCAAGUACUGUUCUGAUAGUCCAAAACAUGGACUGAAUAUUCCUCUUGUGAAACUAUAAAGACGACUCCACACUGCCAACUGAAACAUGGAAUUGAAUUGCGACCAACAAAAACUCGACCCCAACUUUGUUUAUUUGUUUCUUGGCAGUUGGCGGGGUUUGGCUGGAAUGCGACUGUGGUAGGGUUAUCUGUAGGAACUGUGGGUAGUUAGUUAUAUAUGUACAGAAACAUAAAAGUUCUUGAUCAUAAGAUAAGAAUGACCAGUGUUUUAUUAUAUUCAACAACAGUCAUUUUCCGCGUUUUUUGUGUUCGAAAUCUCGAUAGUUAAAUUCGAAUGACGACUGCAUUAUGUAUUAAAACCAGUUUAAGAAACUUUCCCUGAAGUUAGAAGCAACCUAACAUUGACAGACAGAAACUAAAUCAUUCGCAGGUGUAAACAUUUGCUUUCAACGCAGGAGGGACAAUAGUUCUUUCAGUUCAGGAAGGACAAGAAUUUAUAUAAUCCGCUAAGAAAUGAAAAAAUUAUGGUAUUUCUCCAAACUUGUAAUUAUGUUGUCCUGAUGUGGAUAAGACUCUUUUUAUAUCAAAAGUAUUUGCAAAAUUAAGAAUGACACCAUGUCCUUCCUGGGUAUAAUUACACCUGUUGGUGAACAGAGACUUCACUUGGCUCAUAUGUUUUACACCAAGUUAAUUUUUGGGGGAAAGUCGAAACUAAACAUGAAGUGAAUGUUGGGCUGCAGUUGCUUACCAUUUUACUAAUAGUUCUUCAGUGUUGAUUCUGGCUACAUUUACAGUAGGACUGAGGUAUUGUGAGAAUAUUUGUAUAAUGAAGUGGGACCAAUUCGUCAUAAAAAUCUCUGCGAUAACUGACAUUUCAUCGUUUAAAAUGAGAUUUUCGUGUCCCGUUCUCAUUUUGUGAAAGUUACCCUCAGUUCACGUGAAUGCUAACUUAUUGUUUUCAAAUUUGUCUGGAAUGUUUUCUAUUAUAAUGUAAUAUUCCAGAAAUCUUCCUCAACGGCCUUUCAGGGUUUUUUUCUAAUUUACUCUUAUAUACCACGAGAUGUAAACUACUUGUUGUUAUGGGGAGGGUGGCGAAAUUUGUCGGUAAUAUCGAAACCAGUCUGGACAAUCAUAACACAGCAUUUGUUCUUAGGGGAGAACACUGCGGUUUCACUGAUCGUUCUGUAGAGUUGUAAUUGUAUGUUUGUGUCUGAAUUCUUGACUUCUUUUAUAACCUUAACUUGUAUAACUUGUAUUGUAUACAUCACUAGGGAUUACAUGUAGAGGAAAGGUUAUUGUGCACUGUCGACCGCAUUUAGUAAACAAUAUAAUCAUUACACUGCCUGAAUGAGGCAUCAUCUUGAAGCGGAAGAAUUACCCAGACAAAUUAGUAAAAUGUUCAUGUUGAUCUUGUGUAUUUGAAUCUUCCCAUAUGGUGUUUUCCAAUUAGGGCUCUGUAUGCUAUUAGCUCAACUGAUUAUACUACAGUCCUUGCUAGAGCUUUGGUUACGAGUGAAAACUAAAGAUCUGAGGGUAACAAUGACCGAGAUAAGUUGUCUAGUUGGCCUAUCGCUGUGGUCAACAUCGAGAGAAAGAAGUGAAAGUGUUGCUCAAUUUAUCAUUAUUGCCGUAUUAUUUAAAGGAGAAAUGACACGAUUUCAAAUUUAUGAAUGAAUAACUUGAUUGUCUUUUGUAUUUGUGUCUUUUUCCUUACAAAACUAAAACGAAUUCAUUUCUUGUUAUCUUUGAACUGGUCUUUAACUUUGAAGUUGCAUCCUAAUAGGUCAUGAGAUUAUCACCAGAUUGUUGCAAUGGUUACGUUGUUUCAUUCUGUUGUAAACUUGUCAAGUGACGCUAUCAAAAAAGAUCUGAAAAUUACUCAAAUAUUGGAACACGACGAAUGCUUUGCUUGACUCUGUACAUUCAGAGACCUGAAUAUUCAGGUAAAAGGAUGUCUGUUUAAAAAUCGUGUGAAUAUUAGUAAACGUGAGAAGUUCACUAUGAGCUAUGCAACGUUAGAAUGGGGUACAAUGCUAUCUCUCUCGUCCUGACUUGGCUUCAUUUAUGUCAUGUGUCUGUGAUGUCACUAUGAUGAAAAACAAAAAGAUAUUAGAUAUAUUUUUCCUGCUAAUAUGCUUUUGUAUUGAUUUAUGUUGCAAAGAUGAAACGUUUUAAACUAUCUAGUGGCAUUACUUCUGAUAAAUCUCGACACUGCGUAACUUAUAAUGAAGCGUGAAAUUAAACGAUGCGCUUCAGUCUACGAGAAGAUUUUGUAAAGUGAAAUUAUUCAUUGGCUUUAUUAAGAGGACCAAUACUGUUCAUUUGUGUAUGAUAUACAUGCCAUGUAGGCAAAGAGAAUGGCACAAUCUGAGCUGACUGCUAUAUCCUAUCACCCCUAUUUUCCUGUAUAGACUGUUCUAGUCCAUACAUUAGAAGAGUCCAUUCAGGAUAGUAGGGGUGUGAACAUCACAUGCAUCGUUGUCACCUAGUCUUUCCUCGCCAUAAUUCAAGGGCUGUUUUCCCACAUUAUCAAUUUCAUUGUUUCUUUAGAGCCAGACAUUAUUGUAUUCAUCAUUGUAUUAUAUGUUUACCCCCAUUUCACUGAAUGGACUUGACCUGUGCAUUAGAACUGAGCGAGUCCAUUUAGGUAAGAGGGGAUGUGGACGUUGUAUGUUUACGUAUAUGCUUCUAUUUGCUACUAAGGCCGUCCUGGUACUAAAACACCCUUUCUUUGCGUCGUUACAGCGCAGUGGUUGCUCAUCAAUAUUGAUAGGUAACGUUUGUAAAAUUUGUGUAACCACUGCGGUUGUCUCCAAUCUUUAGAUUUGAUGAUAAAAAUAUUCGUAUCUGCUGUUAUUGAAAGAUGCAUAAACAAUCUGGUCGGAUUUCAGUCGUUUGUAUGCUAGUCUCUGUAGUUUCUCCUGUCCAUCUAUACAAGUUUAUUCGAGUGUUCUUGCGCGUUUGAAUGGAACGUGCUGACGUUUUUUGUGCGAUUUGUUCUGUGUCGAUCAAUAUAUUUUUGUUGAAAUCCGACGUCGCGUCUUUUACCGAGUGUGUGUACGUGAUGACAUUUCAAUCGCUUGCGCUGCGCUCUGUUGAACUGUGUAUUAAAAUGUUCCAUGCGUUUGCAGAGAGGCCCUGUAUCUAGAGAAUUGUGUAUAUAGUUAAGAAAUAAUUACGAGUAUCUGGCAUCGAAUUAUCGAUGCGUUCCUAUACAUUCCAACCACUUCACUGGUCAAGUCGCCGCAUCAUAUUUCUCAUCAAUGAACUUCUCGCCCACUAUAUCAUGUGCAUAAAAAACACUCAAAUUGUUAUUAUUUUUACGUCACAAUCCAUGUUUUUUUAUUUGAUAACCAAUAGUAAAUUGACUAUCAUUACAUGUACAAAUAGAAGAUUUUAGAUGUGCCAUUUUCUUAGUGUGUGUCUCUUGUACUGUCUGAACGCUACUGUGCUGAUCCACAAAAUUGAUUACAUGACAAUAUUAUGAUUUGAAUACCGUAUACAAGUGUUAUGUGAUAUUUGCGCCAAGUCACCACAUAUCUUUCAUUUGAUUUUGUAGAUAGUUGAAUGAAACCUUGAUAAGAAAAUGUGUCUUAACCAGACACUAUAGUGUCAUUGUACGGACACCAUUUUCAUGUGUUCAGGCGUUAUUUUUCAUGACAACUCAUUUUACAAUAUAGAUACGUCAAAUUUCAUGCGAGUGCUCAGUGAUGCUGAAUUUUUCUCACCCGGACCCUAUCGUGAUGACAUGACGGCCCUAUACAGUGUUAUGUACAAAGUCUUCAUUCUGUUUCGGGUGAUGAAAAACCUGCAAGCUCUGUUCUCCUUUAAAUAUGAAUGGUACAUUUAAAAUUGAAUGUAUAUGUUUGUACGAGUAUUUUUAAUGGAUUGUGUGUUAGAUUGUGUGCGUUUACAUGAUCAGCUGAAAACUGCUAGCCAAUACCUUGUCCAUUAAUUGUGGACCAACUAGUUCAAACUGGGCAUGUUUUUUUUCUGAAAAUGCCCGAUCUACUGCAGUAAAACUAGUCAAGUGUUUAUUUUUACAUACAGGGUAUGAAAGUUGUGGAAACGAAAGUCAUAAAUUGGUUCGUCACAACUUUUCUCAAGAAGGCGAUCAUGACGAUGACCAGUGGCCUUCAGAGCGAAACGUUCUUACUCAUUUAUGUCGAGAUUUACCCUAUGCUGUAAAUCAUAUUGUAACAGCCUCCAGGUUUCUUUCGAACCUGAGCUACGCAAAUUAAAAAGUGGGAGUGCCGAAAAAUGCUUGGUGAUUGUGGCGAUGCGAUGAUCAAAUUCAUAAAUGGACUUCACAUUGGUUGUGCUCGAGUCGAAGUGUGUGUGAUAUGUUUGACCAAGUCCUCGUUAUAUUGAAGAAGGGUUGGGAUUUUCUACACGUUACUGCUCAAAUGUCAAAAUGGUGGGCACAUUAAAUACGAAAAGUUUUUCAUCUGCAAAAUCAACCAAGUCUUUAAUGGCUCUGCCUUGGUUUUGAUUUGGCAUGAAGCCAAGCCCCAAAACAAUUUAUCUAAAGAAUAUUUAACUAUUUAGUAUUAAUUUGGUCUUGAUGAAAACAAUCUUCCAAUUAAGGUCUCCCAACUCUUACAAACCUUCGGGUUGCACUAUUGUAUAUCUAAAGAAACCUGUGAUGAAGUACAUGAAAACAUGUCGAUAUGCAUUGGUGCUCUUGAUGGAGAUACUGUGGUCUAUAAAUCCCAAGUUGGAAAAACUAUAUCAUUCCCAAUUUGUAAAUAGUGUAUGACGAGUGCCAGACUAGGUGAAGUCAUCCUUCUUGUAUGACUUGGCUGAAGUAGGCCCUCUCGUACAUCGUAAAUGACUGUGUUGAAACGGACUCCUUCAUACUAUUAGAGCAGGCGCAGUCAAAAAGUCACAUUCUCUACUGUUUUUGACCACGUGAUAUAGAUUUUUAGUGGGCGUAGACAAAGAAACGUUAUUAGGGUAUUAAAAACACUAUGCGCAUCAGAAUAUUUCCGGCGAUUGUCCGAGCGGUUUUGAGUUCUGACGUUUUAUGUUUCGAGUUCACACCAGUUGGACAUGAAACUGGACCAGGGUGAAAAUAAUUAUGCUGUUCACCUUGGUUUAUUUCUUAAGAGUUAAAAAAUAUUUAUUCUUUCUGAGCGAGUUUUCCAUUUGGCUGACCUACUUUUCGGCCAAAUAGAUAACGGAACAACCUCAGUUGGUCCCAAUCAGCUGAGUCAAUGCAGGGUGAAUUUCAUACUGGUCAAUUUGGACUUCGGGAAAAACAUAUCAAAGUCUGCAGUUGAUUUAUAUUUAACAAGGAUACCUGUUUUAUCGGUAUUUAUAAAAAUGGAUUUGAACCAUGUACUUGAAGUGGGCACAUGAUUUUCUGGGCUCUCUAUCUCUAAUUAUAUGAUAAGAAAAUAGUCUGGAGCGUUUUUAUGGAACGUACCAUGCUUCUCAAGGCAUUGGAAAAGGCACGAUAGGUCGAGAUAUUAACGAGACGGUUGAAUUGAAUUGUGAAGAAAGGUGCUAUUUUUCAAUGCAAUUUCACUAGAUCUCAAAGGGGAUUCUCUGCACAUGGGAUAAUGUAUGGUAGUGUAUUUUUAUAUAUUCUUAAGGCAAUAUACUCUAAUUUAUUAUGUUCUAUUUGGAUGGCUGUAGUGUAUGCACUCGUGUGUAUCUCCCUAAAUUUGAUGCAGCAUCCAAAAUAGCAAACGAUCUGACCUCUGUAACCCCGGGCAUUUUCAAAGUCUGUUGGUGUUAAAUUUUGCAGACGUGCAUAAGUGAAAUUCAACAUUUGAUAAAAAAUGUACCAAAUAUAGGAUAUUUUCUGUUCCCUCAGUAAAGAGAAAAACUAAAAAUAAUAUUUUCGAUGUUAUUUUGUCAUGAGAAGCUCUGAAAAUCUCUGGGGUUGUAGUAUAUUGCAUAAUGCCUUAUUGAAACUCAUUUAAAAAACGAUACUAAGACCAGUCCACAGUUCUUUCAGUUUUUGUCAAGGACGGCAUUUAUGUACCGGUAUGAUAAUAACAUUAGGUAGCAUUUUUAGAAGCUAUACUUGUCUGGCUAUGAACUUAAUCAAAUUCAUGUAUCUCAAAGUUUGUUUUAUUGAAAUGAUGAUUGGAUUGGAUGCUCCAAAUGUGGUUGUAUUGAAUAAAAAAAAACUUUUUCAAUUAUCACUUUAA